AUGUGCAGACUAGACUACCUCGCCACCGCUGCGUCUACAAAAGGCGGUACUGCCCCAUCUCGUCGCUACAGCUUUCACAUCUCACAGCAUCUCAAGAAGCGACGAGAAACAAACAUUGUGCUACUCUCUCCCGGCAUUGCCAUUUGCUUGAAAUGUACAACGGAAUCGGCCUACAGACUGUGCGCGGCACAGGCACUUCAGGCCAUGUGCAGCGCAACGUUGCCGCAUUGCGCCGCAGCGCGCGGAUUGGAAGUCGUCGUGCACCACGUCCGAAGUCCCUGCACGCUGCGCUUCGCGAGAAGGUCGGCAAGCAGCUUGGGGCGCAACCAGCCUUUAAUGCUCACGAAAGCCGUCGCAAGGUCGAGGUCGCGGUCAUUGAGCUGGAAGAGGAGCUGA